AUGGAGAUCGGGAAGACAACACAGAUCGAUGGACAACACCCACUGGCCCAAUUCUCGGGUAAUCUACUCCACGUGCAACUUGCAACAAAUGUCGGUUAUAGAAGUUGCCCUAGGCGACAACAUGGCGGUGCGGCGGGCGAAUUCGCUGAGUGGCCAUUGGACCGCAAACCAAUUGUACGAGUGGAGUUAGCAGGAUUGUUCUUAACUCAUUGGCCGAGAGAGCACUCCGAGUUUGCGGGGUGA